GGGACAUGGCGGAUUUCCUCCACCAAGCGAGGCGGCACUGGCCGCAUUUCGGGGAGGGCGCCUCCCCCAGAUCCACGGAUUUGGCGACCGCGCGCCAAAUCCAUGGAUCGCUAAUCCAUGUUUGCCCGCCCCCGAGAGAAGGGCCUCUCAGAAGGCGGCGGGGCUCUUCCGUGACCAUUUUGGCUCAAGAUCUCAAGCCAAGGCUUGCCCACAGGCAGACGUCGUCUGAUAAACUCCCCGGCUCUCAACAUCACUGUUGCAGGCAGUCAUGCAGCGCUUUUUGCAGGCCUUCUGCUCGCUCAAUCUCGCCGUUAUCGGCAGGGGGGCCCGGAUGCAGCAGGCGAUCCAAGGCAAUCUGGAGUUCUCCCAUGCGAGUGGGCCAGAGGUGCGCACGGGCCUCUUGCGGCUUGCUGCGCAGCCCCAGAAGUGCCUCAACGUCAUCGCGGGAUGGGCUGGCAACGGGAACGGCAUCCAGCUCUGGGAUUGCAUCGAGGGCAGCCUGGACGAGAUGUUCUCCUACACAGUGGGCGGCGUCGGCGAGAUUCGCUGGGCCGCACACCCAGAGAAGUGCCUGAACGUGCAGAACGGUGCCGACCACUGGGGCACGCGGAUCCAGAUCUGGGACUGCAUGGACGACCCUUCCUUCAAGUUCGAGGUCGCGCAGGCUGGUGCGGUGCUGCCGAUCAAGUGGGCCGGCGGCAGCUGGGACAGCUGCCUGAAUGUGAAUUCCGAAGGCAAGCUUCAGCUCCACGGUUGCUGGGAGAACAACGCGUUUCUCCCACAAGGCGCCGACGUUCCGCCGGGCCCGCCGCCUGCGACGCCGCGGCCGACGUUCGAGCCGCCACAGCGUGGUGGGCUGGGGCAGCCCCUGCCUGCCCUUUCCCCUCACGGUGCUUCCAUGGCCUUUGUGCACCUCUUUGAGUGGAAGUGGGACGACGUGGCCAAGGAGUGCGAGGACUUCUUGGGCCCCAAGGGCUUCACUGCGGUGCAGGUCUCGCCGCCGAACGAGCACAUGAGUGGCGGCGAGUGGUGGACCAGGUACCAGCCUGUGAGCUACAAGCUCAGCAGCCGCUCUGGUGACGAGGCUGCUUUCACGUCGAUGGUGCAGCGCUGCAAAGCAGUCGGGGUAGGCAUUUAUGCCGACGCAGUGAUCAACCACAUGGCUAGUGGCAGCGGCAUUGGUUCGGCUGGUAGCCACUACGGUAACCGAGACUUCCCUGGUACGUACUCGCCCAGCGAUUUCCACCAUGAUCACGGUAACGCGUACCGAAAUUGCGGCGUUCAUGAUUACAACAACAAGCACGAAGUCCAGUACUGCGAUUUGGUGGGGCUACCAGACUUGUGCACAAGUUGCUCGCAUGUACAGGACCAAAUAGCGAAGUACAUCAACCACAUGGCUGAACUUGGAGUGGCAGGUUUCCGGGUGGAUGCGGCCAAGCAUAUUGAUGCUGGAGAGCUCCGAGGCAUCCUCAGCAAAGUGGACGACCGCCUCUAUAGAUUCCUGGAGGUCAUAGGCCAUGGCCAUGAAGCCGUGACCCCUAACAUGUACUACGACAUGGGUGCUGUCACAGAGUUCAACUACGCGAUCAAGGUGAGCGAUAUUUUUCGAUCGCCUGGGAAGCUGCAAUUCCUUGAAGGUUUUGGCGAGGCCUGGGGCUUAAAUCCCACACAUACCGCUGUGACCUUCAUCGACAACCACGACACACAGCGCGGCCAUGCUGGGGAGGCGGCUCUCACUCACAAGUCUGGCGGCGCUUACUUCUUGGCCACAAUCUUCAUGCUUGCGCACCCCUACGGCUACCCCAAGAUCAUGAGCUCUUACCACUUCGAUAACACGGACUUUGGCCCCCCAGCCCAGCCAGUGCACGGCCAGGGCGAGCCCAAUUGCGGGCAUGGGAAGCCGUGGACCUGUGAGCACCGUUGGCCAGCAUUCGCCAACAUGGUUGCUUGGCGAAAGUCGGCUGGCCCAGACUGGGUAUCGAGCUUCAGCAAGCACGGCGCCGACCGCAUCUCGUUUUGCCGUGGCCCCGCUGCUUGCAUCGCCAUCAACCGCGAAGGCUCGCAUUGGGAUGUCACGCUCACCGUUUCGGUGCCGUCCGGCGAGUACUGCAACAUCAUCAAGUCGGACGGCUCUGAUUGUGAGCGCGUGCACGUUCAGGACGGCACAGCCCGCGUGAGGGUGGAUCCGAUGUCCGCCGUAGCCUUCCACACUGGUGCGCGGUUAUGAUGACGAGGGUCCUGGUUUCUGAAGGCCCUAUAGCGAGUACCGUUGAGCACGCCAUCUGUCUUGACGGCUUUCCGGUGGAGCCGGCGCGCAGUUGUGGGUUCCAGUGGCUGCGACAUGAGCAACUCUAUGAAGCAUACCAAAAAAAAAGGCGGCGGGGCUUCUCAGAAGCCCUCCGGCCUGCUCCGAGAAGCUGUUCUGUGCCCUCGGGGGAGGCUCAGACAACGUGACAGAAGAUCGGGGGACGUCCGCGCCCUCUGCGAAGGCUGGAUCCUUCCCACUUCCCCUCCAGGGCUUGCCACCGAUUCUGGGCGGCUCGGGCGCGAGCUUUGACGGCCCCGUUCCCGUGGGGUGUCUGCCGCGGGACCUCGCGUCAGCCUGCAGACCGGGUCCCGCCUGCGGGCGGCCCCGCCUGGCCCGGGCGAGCUCGCGUCCUCCAGUCUCAAGCCUUACGUCUCCCGAUCGUCGCGCGGCACCACGGCUCACGCG